AUGGAUCAUUUUUUGUAUGCUAUAAAAUCAGCAAUCAAUUAACUUGAGAUUAAGCAGCCUCGAUAUGCCCCAAUUUAUUAUAUUCUGACUAGUUCGCUAAUGUUUUCAAUAAAUUCAAUGCUUAGUAAAAUGAUAUCGCAUAUAGCUUCAUCUUAAAUUGUGUUUUUUAGAGCUAUAAUUAUGUUUUUGAUCAACUUUGCAGUGACUAGCAAUUAAAACAUAAAGCUUUAUGGGUUUACAUCAAAAAUUAUUUAUGAGAAGCAUAUUUGGAUGUUUAGGAACAAUUUGUUUCUAUGCAGGUAUUAUGUAGGUUAGUGUGUCAGAGGGUCAAGUUCUUUUUAGAACUUCUCCUCUUUGGACAUCUCUUAUGGCGAUAUAUUAUUUGAAAACAGAAAAGGUUUAGAUAAGUCUAUUUAUUAACUUGGUUGUAUGCUUUUUUGGAAUCUUUCUCAUUAGUUAGCCUCCAGCGCUAUUAGAAAUGUUCGGCUAUCAAAAAAGGGAAAGUCAAGUAUAGACUUAAAUGAGUGGAAUAAUAUUAAUGUUGUCUGCUGCUAUAUUCUCAUCAAUAAUACAAGUAUUAAUUAAUACUUUAGCUAAGACUGUAUGAAUUUAUUUAAUCUAGGUAAAUUAAUUAGUUAUUCUAUAAUAUUUUUCAAUUAUAUCGAUAGUAUUAACAUCAGUGACUCUAUUCAUUACUCCAGCUCAAUAAUGGUUGGUACCAAAUUAUUUAGAAAUGUCUAUGUUGACUUUGAUUGGGUCUACCUCGUAUAUUAUAUAGCUAUUGAUGAAUAGAGCAUAUAUGAAAGGGAACCUUACAGAAAUAUCCAUGUUAGGUUAGUCCUAAGUUAUUUAUGGAUAUGUAAUUGAUAUGUUUAUGGGAACCAAUCUAUCAAUUUUUAGCAUUUGCGGUACAGGCGUGAUUGUUGCUUCUUUAGUGAAGGUAGUUUUUGACAAAUCGAAAUAAGAAAAAGGUCAUUGA